CAUUAUCCAAAGCAUCCAGCAGGUCCAACCCCAGCCAGGGUUCACAUCGUCUCCACCUCCUGAAUAUUCCCCAAUGGCGAUGCGGCCCAAGUCCGAGAUGUCGCCGCCGCCGGCGCCCCCGUCGCCCUCCGACCAAAGAGACGCUGUCAUAGAGGAGCUCCGGAAGGGCUCUCAGCUUGCGGAGUUCCUCCGGCAGCAGGUGGAGCUCAUCCCGGAGGACAGCCGCCGUGACGCCGCGCUGGCCAACGUGAGCGACAUCACCACGGCCCUGGCGUCGUCGCUCUCUGUGCUCCAGUCGGAGAAAGAGCAGUACUCUUCCUCCUCCUCCUCCUAUGAUCCCGGCCAUGCUUCCGGCCCCUCAGGUGGCGGGAUGCGAAAUGGCCCCGUGGCACGCUCCAGGAACAGGAAGGCGAAGCACCGGCGAGGCACCUACGGCGAGGAGCUUCCAAUCAAGGAGAUACUAACCGAGGCACCAGAAAAUGAUCGAUUCCACUGGAGGAAAUAUGGCGAGAAGAAGAUCCUCCAUGCUGAUUUUCCAAGGUUGUACUACAGAUGCGGAUACAGCGACGAGCACAAGUGCCCGGCCAAGAAGUACGUGCAGCAGCAGAACAGCCGCGACCCGCCCAUGUUCUUGGUCACCCUCAUCAACGACCACACAUGCGAUACUUUGUUCCCAGAUGAAGACCAAGACCAACCACCCAGCAGCUCAAGCAGCCCUAAUAACUCGCAGGUGCUCGACUUCUCCAAAGCGUCGCUCUCUUCGGCUGUUGGUGUCUCGAGGUUGAAGAAGGAGGAAGACGCGGACAUGUCCGUGACCGUGCCCAGCUACAACUACACGUAUGAUGAGCUGUCUUCUUCCUCGCUGCCGUUCCUGUCGCCCAAGCAGUGGGAGAUGGAAAUGGAGGUCAAGUCACUUUUUCGUCGUCACUCUGGGGAUGGUAGCUAGCUAGUUAGCCUGUGAAACUCAGUGUUUUAGGGGGUGUUUGGUUCAGAAGUCCUAGGAUAGAGUCUUUUUCUAGUCCCUGUAGAAAAAGUCCCUCCCGUUUGGUUCCUAGGGACUUUUUAGGGACUUUUUCUAGUCUCUGGGACUAAAAAGUCCCUGAACCAAACACUCCCUUAGCUUCAUCAACUUGUUGCAUGCAAACAUCUACCUGAACCUUAA